CGUGUGGUUCCUAGGAGACGUUUUGAAAAACUGAAGGCCAGCAAAAAGAAAACUACUUGCAAAAACAGAAAAAUGCUAUUCAUAGCCAUUUCAUAAGCAAAACCUCCUAAACAUUUCUUGCUAAAGAAGAAACCAAACCCUAAACAAACAGACAGAGGAAGUAAGAAGAGAAAAAAAAAAAUCUUUCAAAAAUCGUAUUUUUUUUUUCUCUUCUUGGUUGAGAGCUUUCUUCCUCUCCCCUUGCCCUUUAAGCAACAAUGGGAAAUUGUUGCGGACGAGACACAGGGAACAACAAUGGCGAACCCACUUAUGAAAAUGGAGUCAGUGCUGAAGCCUCUGUGAAAGCUUCUAGACACCCACCAGCAUCUCCCCCUCCUGCAACCAAACAAGGCCCCAUAGGUCCCGUCUUAGGCCGACCAAUGGAAGAUAUAAAAAGCUCAUACACCUUAGGGAAAGAGCUCGGUCGAGGACAGUUUGGCGUGACACAUCUCUGCACACAAAAGGCCACGGGUCUGCAGUUCGCGUGCAAAACCAUCGCCAAGAGAAAGCUGGUGAACAAAGAGGACAUCGAAGAUGUGAGAAGAGAGGUGCAGAUAAUGCACCACUUGACGGGUCAACCGAACAUCGUGGAGCUUAAAGGAGCCUAUGAGGAUAAACAUUCAGUGCAUUUGGUCAUGGAGCUUUGCGCAGGAGGAGAGUUGUUCGAUAGGAUCAUUGCUAAAGGACAUUACUCUGAGAGAGCCGCUGCUUCCUUGCUAAGGACCAUUGUUCAGAUUAUCCAUACUUGUCAUUCCAUGGGGGUUAUUCAUAGGGACUUGAAGCCUGAGAACUUUUUGCUUCUUAACAAAGAUGAGAACUCUCCUCUCAAGGCAACAGACUUUGGUCUGUCUGUUUUUUACAAGCCAGGAGAGGAGUUUAAAGAUAUUGUGGGAAGUGCUUAUUACAUUGCACCUGAGGUUUUGAAGAGGAAGUAUGGACCAGAGGCUGAUAUUUGGAGCAUUGGUGUCAUGUUGUAUAUCCUCUUGUCCGGUGUUCCACCUUUCUGGGCUGAGUCGGAGAAUGGGAUUUUCAACGCCAUUCUAAGCGGACAGAUUGAUUUUUCGACCGAUCCAUGGCCAGCCAUCUCACAUCAGGCAAAGGAUCUUGUUAGGAAGAUGCUAAACUCUGAUCCAAAACAGAGAUUAACCGCUGCUCAAGUUCUCAACCAUCCAUGGAUCAAGGAGGAUGGAGAAGCACCAGAUGUUCCUCUUGACAAUGCUGUUAUGUCAAGGCUCAAGCAAUUCAAAGCGAUGAACAAUUUCAAGAAAGUUGCUUUAAGGGUUAUAGCCGGGUGCUUAUCAGAGGAAGAAAUCAUGGGGCUGAAGGAGAUGUUUAAAGGCAUGGACACUGAUGACAGCGGAACAAUAACUCUUGAGGAACUAAGACAGGGACUUGCCAAGCAAGGUACAAGGUUGUCUGAAUAUGAAGUCCAGCAACUAAUGGAAGCAGCUGAUGCGGACGGAAAUGGAACAAUAGACUAUGGAGAAUUUAUAGCAGCAACAAUGCACAUCAAUAGACUUGACAGAGAAGAGCAUCUCUACUCAGCAUUCCAACACUUUGACAAAGACAACAGUGGAUAUAUUACAAUGGAAGAGCUGGAGCAAGCCCUGAGGGAGUUCGGCAUGAAUGAUGGCAGGGACAUUAAAGAAAUCAUCUCUGAGGUUGAUGGAGACAAUGAUGGGAGGAUAAACUAUGAGGAGUUUGUGGCAAUGAUGAGAAAAGGAAACCCAGAUCCCAACCCUAAGAAGAGGCGUGAAAUGUCUUUUAAAUGAUGGAAGAGACAUGUCAGAAGCACAUAAGAAAGUCAAGAAGAAGAAAAAAGUUAAUUCUAAAGUAUAGGCUUGGGUUGCUCAUGAUUCAAACUGUGGAGAAGAGAAGACACACCAAGACAAAGAGAAAAAAGGUGUUUCAUGUUUUGUAAGAUUUUAAUGCUUGUCUAAUACUGAUUUUAAGUUUCAGAGGUUUCUCAUUGUAUCAAAAUCCUUCUAUCAAUUCAAAUUUGCAUUAGUGAUGUUUAU